AUGUUUCUCUAUGGUAUAUCCUUACGACAUGGAUGGGGAUGUCGGGCAAAUACACAGCUGGCUUUUCAAUAUCUUCAGAAAGCUGCAGAACAUGCAGUCGAUGAUCUAAAUAAUUUAUCCACUGUCAGCAUGUCUGCGGCAAAAGGAGAGCUAGUUAUGGCUAUCUAUGAGCUGGGGGUCUCAUUCCGACAUGGAUGGGGAGUACAGAAGGACAAGAAGACAGCUUGUUACUAUUUCAAAAUUGCUGCUGAGCUGGGUGAUCCAGAUGCUCAAAAUGAUUUAGCACAUUGCUAUUACCAUGGACAAGGGGUGAAAAGAGAUGUGUAUCAAGCGGCAAAAUACUAUCGCUUAGCGGCUGCACAAGGACAAGGAAUCAUGGGAAAUUCAUGGAUAUUCAAAAAGAAGUAUGAUCAAAAGUAG